CGAUUUCCACCACAAACGUGCCAAAAUGUUCGCUCUUGCUACAAUCUUCGCCCUGUUGGCGGCGGCCCACGCCGUCGAAUUCGAAAUCAUCAACAACGAGCCCGGCCCUGUGUGGGUGGGAAUCCAGGGAAAUCCGGGCCACACGCACCUUAACAACGGCGGAGUCAUCCUGAACCAAGGACAGAGCGUCACCCUCCAAGCCGAGGAAGAUUGGGCUGGUCGUUUCUGGGGUCGCACCUGGUGCGACGCCGGCAGCAGCCACUGCCAAACCGGCGACUGUGGUAACAAGGUGGAGUGCGGCGGGGCUGGUGGUGUCCCACCGGCGUCCCUGGCCGAAAUCACCCUCAAGGGUUGGGGUGGCAUCGACUACUACGACAUUUCUCUAGUCGAUGGUUACAACAUCAGGAUUGCGAUGGAGCCGGUCAAUGGGCAAGGAGAUGGUAGCGAGUACAGUUGCAAGAGGUGCGCUUGUGCUACCAACAUCAACGAUAUCUGUCCCGGGGAACUGGUUGUUCGUAAUGGGGAAGGGUACAACAUUGCUUGUAAUUCCGCUUGUCUUGCUUUCAAUACCGACGAGUACUGUUGCCGUGGAGACCAUGGUACUCCCGAGACGUGCAGGUCUUCUGAUUGGCCCGUGGACUACCCCUCCUUCUUUAAAAGCAACUGCCCGGAUGCUUACAGCUACGCUUACGAUGACCACAAGAGUACUUUUACUUGUAUUGCCGAGAAGUACGUCGUCACUUUUGGUUAAGUGCUGAUUGAUGAGAGCGUCAAAACAAGAUCAAAUUAUUGUGUUCUAAAAUGCUUCGUAAUAAAAUAUUUUCUAGAAAACAA